UGGGUUAGGAUUGAAAUGAGGCUCGAUGCGGCGACGGCGCGAGGGGUGAGUCGCGUGUCGGUGGAGGGGAUGGAGCGCCGCAUAAAAGCGAACGCCACCGAGGGCCCAGCAUCAGGCUCCAGCAUGGAAGGCAACAGUGUGCUUCUGAAGGAACUGUUGACAGUGUCCGCUUGCAGCUACUCGCUGCUGGCUGCACUCGUGCUGGUCCUGGUGACGGCGGUGCUUGGAGGCCGCAGCGAGAAGUCCCGCAAGGCGGCACCGGGGCCGCGAGCGUGGCCCGUGCUUGGCUCGCUGCACCUGAUGGCCGGCUACCGUGUGCCCUACCAGGCGUUCUCCACGCUCGCCCAGCGCUACGGCGCCGUGUUCGGCAUGCAGCUUGGCUCCGUCCAGUGCCUGGUCGUCAACGGCCUCGACAACAUUCGCGAGGUGCUCAUGAGCAAGAACAAUCACUUCGACGGCCGGCCCGACUUCACACGCUACAAACAACUGUUCGCCGGCGACAAGGAUAACUCACUAGCAUUUUGCAACUGGUCGGAUCUUCAGAAAACUCGAAGAGAUAUGCUGCAGGCACACACAUUCCCUCGUCCCUUUACAUCUCGUUACAACCAGCUGGACGAGAUCCUAUCAGAAGAGUGGAGUCAUCUGUAUGUUCAACUAAAGAGCUCAAACAACAGCAACAUGGCUCUGAAGCCGCUUAUUGUUCAGGGCUGCGCCAACAUAUUCACAUCCUACUUCUGCAGCAAGCGAUUCGAUAGUGAUAAUGUUGAGUUCAUGAGGAUGGUGAGAAAUUUUGAUGAAGUUUUCUACGAAGUAAAUCAAGGGUAUGCUGCUGACUUUAUACCUUGGUUGAUGCCGUUACUUGGUAAGCAUCUGAAACGCAUAGCCGGCUGGAGUCAUGAGAUAAGAGAGUUCAUGGAGAAGGCAAUCAUGAAAGAGCGAUUGGAAUCACUGAAUAACAAUAUGGAUAUGGAUGCUCCAUCUGGCGACUAUGUUGAUUCACUGAUAGAGCACAUCCACUAUCACAAGCAGCCAACUUUGACCUGGGAAACAGCUAUGUUUGCGCUGGAGGACAUCAUCGGGGGACACUCAGCUGUGGCGAAUCUUCUCAUCAAAGUGUUGGCGUUCAUAGUGGAGCGACCUGACAUCCAGCAGAAGGCAUUCGAGGAGGCGGAGGCGGCUACUGGAGGCCGUGACGUCACACUUGCCGACAGAACACAGAUGCCAUACACCGAGGCCAUCAUCCUCGAGGCAAUUCGGCUCAUUGCGUCUCCCAUCGUGCCCCAUGUCGCCAAUCAGGACAGUGUCAUUGCUGGUUAUACAGUAGAAAAGGACACGCUGAUAUUCCUCAAUAACUACAGUCUGAGCAUGGAUCCAGCGUUAUGGGAUGAGCCGGACAAGUUCAAACCAGAGAGAUUCAUAUCAGCGGAAGGCCACGUAGUCAAACCAGAACACUUUCUACCGUUUGGGGGCGGAAGACGAUCAUGUAUGGGAUACAAAAUGGUUCAACUAAUAGGAUUUUCAAUUUUAGGUUCAAUUCUGCACAGGUUUAGCCUAUCACCUGUGGAAGGAGUAGACUAUCAAGUACCGAUUGGUAAUUUGGCUUUGCCUUAUGACACAUUCAACUUCAAGUUGGAGCAUAGGUUCUAGAUUGAAUAGUUCCUGAAACCCGUUCCUCACGGUUAUUAUUUAUUCAAGCAGAUUUGUUUUAUCGCAACUAUCAAUCAUGAAGUGAGUUUAUGCUCUCUUAGUAUUUGAGAAUGUGUACCUGACCAUUUGAAACUUAUAGACAGAAGGCAAGGCAGAAUGGAUCGAAGUAUUUAAAAUGAGAAUGCUGACAAAAAUAGGUAUUCAAAAAGAUGUAAAUGAUAGGAGCAACAUAGCUCACAAUACAUUCAAUCGUACACGGUAAUAGAUGUGUGACAUAUUUUGGGCGAUUGAAUUGUUAAAGAGAGCGUUUAUGAAAAAUGUAUGGUUAACAACCGUGUUAGUGGAAAGUAGCACUUUCAAAUAGGUUGGACUAUUAUAAUGACCACAUGUGGCUCUAGCCAAUUUUAAAUAUUUCAAUCGUAAAUCAAUUGUUUGUAAACGCUACAUAACAGAUUUGCUUGAACACACUCCGAUCUUGAUCAUGUGACAAACAGAUACACUAUGAACUUAACAUAUUCUAGUCUAGAUUUAGUAGAGCGGUUUUUAUUUUGAAUUUGAACAGAUAAUUUAUCUGUUUUAGCGAUAGCUUCUUCUAUGAACCUUCAAGCAGUAAUGAAGAUGUUUUGAAUAGGUAGUUAAUUGCAUGAUGGUUAUUACAAGAAUUAUUAUUUUCCAUAGAUUGCAUAUAAGUAUUGGUUGCUGCAGAUGGGGGAGGUAGAAUCUAACUGUAGGCCUGAAUAUAGAAGUGAUAAGUUUAUUAUUUUAGGUCUAAACCUCUGAUUUCCCUUGAUAGAAAAAAUCUAAAUAUUAUGAAAGAUACAAUACUGUAUGUGAUUAGACAAUCAAUGGAUAGUUUGUGUGCUUUUAAGAAAUUAGACUGAUAAUUGUAAUUUUAUAAUUUAUAUGUGAUUUGUCAUGAACAGUAAGUUCUUCUUCUUUGUGAUUAUUGUACGAAAAAUGUAGAUUAGAAUUUAUAAUUUAGUCUAGCCAAAAAAUUUGUGAUAAAAAUGUGAAGGAUACAUUCAAAACAACGUUUUGUACAAUUUAAUUUACGGUACCAAAGAUGUGUAGGUUUAUUUCAAUCGCAGAUCUUUUAGAUAUUAGAAAUUCAAUUUGAUUACUUGACUGCAUCGAUAAUAAUCCUGAUUAGGAUUAGUAUACUUAGUUGAAAAAUAUGUACAUUAUUAAUUAUUCUAGUUGUGAGCUAUAUGAGUGCUUCUAAAUGAAUGGUAUUCAAAUACCUAAUUAGAAAGUUUUGCAUAGAAAAAAAGAAUAAAUUUUCUAUUGUAAUCACUUGGUUUGUUGAAAUAAUGGAUUUGAAUAAACCAAAAAUAUGUAUUAUAAGUUAUUAAAAAUAAAUAUAAUGUGAAAUUAUACAAA